GCUCGUCUCCUGUGCGAUCGUUUACACGUGUAGUUCAAGUAAAAACGAAUCGUUUAAUUUGAACCAGAUUGAGGUGUUUUUUUUCUAAGAAUAUAUACUGAUAUACAUCGGCAAAAAUGGUACAAAAAUCAAAAAAGUUCAAAGGAAACCCCAAAAAAUCAACAUCGGCAAAAACUAGACCACCCCCAGAUGUCUCCUGGAAACAAGUAAAAAUUAGUGGACCAGUAAUAUCGGAUGAUGGAGCAGAUCUAGCCGGUUUAAUUGGCCUGGAAAUUCUAGAAAGUUAUGAUCGAUCCUUAGUAAUAAGAGAUAAACGAAAGAAUAAGAAAGAGCCUGUUUCGGAUGAUGAAUGUGACACUUCAGAUUCUAGGCUGAUAGCAAAGAAAAAGUCUAAACGAAAACGAAAUGAUUCUGGGAGCAGUAGUAAUAGCGAUUCUGAGGAGCUUUCAAAAAAUAAGAAACGCGAAAAGAGUUUACAGUUAAGAAAAUCGUUAGCGCCGGACGCCGGAUCUGAGGAAGAUUCUGGAAUUGACGACAAAUCUACCAACAAAAAAUCAAAGUUUGAAGGAAAGAAAACGGUUCAAACAAAAGAGUCAUUCCCCGGAAAGUUUGUUCUUCUGAAGAAGGUAAAUGAUGCUGCAAACGAAAAGGCAAACAUGAAACGAAAAAAUAAGAACACAAAUCAGGAAAAACGGAUAUCAGAGAAAAAAUGCGGAAAUGCUUAUUCCACAAAUGAAUAUUGUUCCAUCUUACCAAAUAAUACAUUCUUUUCUCAUUUUAAGCAAUGGAGUGAAUUAGGUGUUUCGGAGCCCAUAAUUCGUGCACUUGCCGAUAAGGGAUUUCGAAAUCCAACGGAAAUUCAAACACUUUCCUUGCCGGCCGCAAUAAUGGGUCAACGAGACUUGCUUGGUGCUGCAGAAACUGGCAGCGGAAAAACUUUAGCAUUCGGUAUUCCUCUGCUGGAGGGAAUAAUAAAAUUCAGGGCAAGUGAAGAGUAUCACGCAUCCUCCAAAUCGUUGAUCGGCAAUAAGGAAGCAGAAAGCGAUGGACACGAGUUGACUCCGCCACCGGAUGAACUGGAAUUUUAUCCCGAGCUAAGCACUGGUGAACCAAUCGAUCAGAUGGAUAACGACAUAAAGAAAGAACAGUUGUAUAAGCCGCUGUACGCAUUGAUACUAACUCCGACGCGUGAGUUGGCUGUUCAAAUCAACAAUCACCUUAAAGCAGUUACCAAGUAUUUGGACAUUCAGAUAGCGACCGUAUUUGGAGGACUAGCCGCUGUGAAGCAGGAAAGAAUGUUAAAAAAAUGUCCGGAAAUUGUAAUUGCCACCCCCGGACGGCUUUGGGAACUUAUUCAGAGUGGAAAUCCGCAUCUUGGAAAAGUUGGGGAAAUUCGCUUCCUGGUUAUUGACGAAACUGAUCGAAUGCUCGAAAAGGGACAUUUUAUUGAGCUUAAACAGCUUUUGGAGAUGAUGAACAAGAACGAGGAAGCAACCAAACGUAGACGGAAUUAUGUCUUUUCCGCUACGCUCACGAUAGAUCAUGAUUUACCACAGCACUUGAUAGCCAAAUCUAGGAAGAACAAAAAUCUUCAGAUCACCAAGGAAACUCCCGGACAGCGUCUUAAUAAACUGGUACAAAUAAUCGGAAUGACCAACCCGAAAGUAGUGGACAUCACGCAGCGGCACGGCACCUCGCAUAGUUUAGUAGAGUCGCGAAUUCUCUGCAAGGCCGAGCAUAAGGAUUACCACCUGUUCUACUUUCUUCAGCGUCACCCAGGUCGUACGCUGGUGUUUUGUAACUCUAUUGAUUGUGUGAAACGACUAGUUUCGCUUUUCGGAUACUUAAAUUGUGAUCCUCUCAGUUUGUUCGGAAGCAUGCAGCAACGUCAACGUCUGAAGAAUCUGGAACGUUUCACUCAGAAUCCAACUGCGCUGCUGAUUGCCACGGACGUUGCGGCACGUGGUCUUGAUAUUCCCAAUGUCGAUCAUGUCAUUCACUAUCAGGUACCGAAAACAACGGAAAAUUACAUACACCGGUCUGGAAGGACCGCUCGCGCCAGCAAGGAGGGUGUAACUAUUUUGUUUAUUGGAGCGGAUGAAGUCAAAGAUUACGUCAAGUUGAACCAGAACCUGGGCAGAACUGAAGAUUUGCCCAUGUAUCCAACCUCGGAACGACUGAUGAAGCAAAUAAAGGAUCGGGUAAAUCUGGCGAGAGACGUCGAGCGCACGGAUUUGCGUCAAAGGCGGAACAAUGAAUCCGAAAACUGGGAAGAGAAGGUAGCCAAAGAGUUCAUGAGUGAUUCGGAUAUAGACAGCGAACAGGAAGAAGAGCGAAAAUUAGCCAAAAGUAAAGAGAAACGUCUGAUGAAAGCGAGACGGUAUGAGCUGAGCAAACUCCUAGCCACACCGAUUGUGAUGGAUAGAGUGCAAUUAAAAUUCCCCACUUCAUCUGGGCCGAACAAUUUCCCAUCUCAAAAAGAAAAAUCUGCAAUCAAUUUGGUUCAACAAGUAGUUGAAGAAAACAUUCAAUUCAAAAAGCAACGAAACAAGAAGCGGAAAAGAAACGAAUAA